ACAGAUGCCCCAACCUCCGACUUUAUACGAUAUAACCCGGUUGUGACUGAUCUGGCUUCGCCCCUGGGCUCUAGCAUCGCGCAAAACUGGAUAGACGUUUGCGCCAGCUCUCACGCCGAGUGUCCGUCUCCAGUCCCACUACCACUUCCAACACGGGUGAUCGAGAUCGUUGACGAGCACAAUCUCCGCCUCAGCAGCAGCGGCGGCGGCGGCGGUGGCUUUAACUCUGCUGUGGGCCGAUACGUCGCGCUGAGCUACUGCUGGGGCGGACCUCAAGAGUUCGCGACCACCAAGGAGAGACUCCAAACCCUGGAAGACGGAUUUAAGGCUUCCCAGCUACCACAGACCCUCCAGGACGCCGUCACGGUGACAAGGUCUCUGGGCGUGAGGUACUUGUGGGUAGACUCUCUCUGUAUCAUCCAAGACUCCGAGGAGGACAAGAGCAGCGAGCUGCCGAUGAUGGCCUCCUAUUACAAGAACGCAUACGUCACAGUCUGCGCC